AAAAAAAAAAUAUAUAUAUAUAUAAAAAGUGCCCCGCGUGUGAGUGCAGUGAGUGAAAAGUGGCAAGUGGCAAAGUGUUCGAGCGCUAAGCUAUAGAAUACGAUCUUGACCAGAUCCGGCAAAACAUAUGUCAAGUGCAGGGCGACGCGACUGCUAGCAGAGGUUGCGACUGCGACUUCCGCAUCCGCAUCCGCUGCUGUUUCUGUUGUUGUUGGUGGCAGCAGCAGAUACAACAAUGAAAAGCAGAACCAAUUCGCAGACAUAACACAUUGCGGUGGAGGUUGAGAAGAACGGCAUGGUGAAAAUGGAAUCGACGGAGGAACAGGAUCGAAAGCUAGUUUUGGAGUUCUGCCACCUGCUAGAGAAGUCCAAGCAGCUCUUCAACGGGCUCAGGGAUCUGCCUCAGUAUGGCCAUCGGCAGUGGCAAGCCUACUUCGGCCGCACCUUCGAUGUCUACACCAAGUUGUGGAAGUUCCAGCAGCAACAUCGCAUGGUACUGGACUCCAAGUAUGGCCUGAAGCGCUGGCAGAUCGGCGAAAUAGCAAGCAAGAUUGGCCAGCUUUAUUAUCACUAUUACUUAAGAACGAGCGAAACCAACUACCUGAACGAGGCGUAUCAGUUCUAUGCGGCAAUUAGGGGGCGGGCCUACUACUCGCGGGCGGCCAAGGAGGAUCGUCCGGAUCUGAUGGUGAAAAAGCUGCGAUACUAUGCCCGGUUCAUUGUGGUGUGCCUGCUGCUCAAGAAGAUGAAGCUGGUGCGGGAGCUGGUCACCGAGCUGGAAAAACAAAUACAGGAGUACACCAACACCUACGAGCCGGAGGAUCAUCUGGAGUGGUCGCUGGUGCUCGAGGAGAUCAAGGGCUUCAUCAAGGCGGAGGCGGCGGUGGCCGUCCUCCACGCCGACUCCAAUCCCAUCAUCCUGUCGCACAGGUUGUCGCCGCUGACGACGCCGCCCUGCGAGCGUUCGCCGCACAUGACGCUCAGCCUGCAGGAGAUCCUGAUCGUGGGCUCCGCCUGCGAGCAGGCCAAGUUCUCGGAACUGACCAUGGACAUGUUCCGCAUGCUGCAGACGCUGGAGCGCGAGCCCACGGAGUCCACCACGAAUCCACUGAGCAUGGCCCACGGACUGCACGGACACGAUGCGAGUCCGGCGGCCAGCCGUAUACCGCCGUACGGAGUGCCGGGCUCCAAGGGCUACAUGGAGAAUGGGCGGGCCUUUCGUGACAAUCCCCACAAGUAUCUGCUGUACAAACCUUCGAUAAGCCAGCUGCUGGUGUUCCUCGCCAGCGGCUCCAAGGAACUGCCGCUGGGCGGUGCCCUGCUGCUCUACAUGUCCGCCGAUGGCUGCUUCUCCACCACCAAACAUCCCGAGGAUUUUGGCUACGAGCUGGGCGGCCUGGCCACCAGCGUGAAGCGGGACAGUGUGGAUGGUGGCGGGCUGUCGUGCCGAGGAAAAUCGUACAAGGAGAACCACUGCCUAUAUCCGGGUGAUCUAUAUCCGUUCACACGCCGGCCAAUGUUCGUUGUGAUCGACUCGGACAACUCGUUUGUCUUUCAGCACAUACCGCGCUACUUUGGCCAGCCGCUGGUGGUGCUCAUGUCCCCGCAGGAUGUGCCGCCCGCAUUCCAGGCUGAUGUCCAGCAUCAUGGCUCGCUGUUUACGUUGUUCCUGCACUCCCCGCUCACCGCCCUCUGCUACAUCUGCAACGUUGGAGACGUGCCCAUCCACCACUGGGAACGCUGCCAGACCUACGUGGAUCGCUUCAUCACGGAGGCCUCGCGCCUCGUCACCCGGUGUCGCAUCGAUGAGAUCGAGCAGGGCAUUGGAUUCAUAGAUUCCUCCUACGUGCAGUUCUUCGGCGACGACUUCCUGCGCACCCUCAUCCUCCGCUUCGUCUUCUGUGAUGUGGUGCUGCGUCUGCACCGCGGAUUCCGGGGGCGGCACAUGAGACCGCGUUGUGAGCCGCAGCUGCCGGCGAACGAACUGCUGGAGCACCCCUCGCUGUCGCACAUCAUCUUUCAGCUGGCCUCGGCCCUGGAUGUGCGUGGCCACUUCUCGGAGGGACCGGAGUGCGACUGAUGACUUUUUGCCGUCGUAGUCGUGGUGGUGGCCGUGGGGAUCUGCCUGCGACAGCAGCUGUUCCAGUUGAUCGAGAUGCAGUUCGCCGGAUGGAUGCAUUCGCUGUACAAUACUUUUCCGCUGGGCUGGAACUGGGCCUGAGAUUGGGGGCGUUGCUGGCCACAUGGUCACAUGGGCAGCAUGGGCAGCAUGGGUUUCCGUUUCCUUUCGUUGGCAGUGCUCCGGCUGCCGGCGUGAUUUCAUUUCAAUAACGUAACGCAACGUAACUGCAUUAUAAUACGAAUAUAAAUAUAUAAAUACGAGUAUAAUAUACAUAUAUAUUAUAUAUGCAUAUAUGGAUAAAGGUAAAUUAAUCAAGUAGCUAGUUUUCUUAUAUAGUGCGUCGCGCAAUGGAAAUGGUCCAAUGUUAGUUGCUUAGCAUAUACAUAAUUAAUGAUAACGAUAACGAAGAUAUACAUACGAGAAAUCAAUGAUAUGAUAUUCAGCCGAUAUCGCAGCAGCAACAACAACAGCAAACAGCAACCACAAACAUGUCAAAAGAACCUAACAAACGAUAACUGCCAAAAGAAGAUGAAAAGAAAACUUAAAAUGAUAAUGCAAAUAAAAAUGUGAAAACCAAGCAAACAAUUUAUGAAAAUCGAAACCGAAUAUCUAAUCAAAUUUUGUUUGAGCGGUAGCGGGACAUUUUUAUGAAAAUUGUGUGUGUUGGCACUUUUUGGAUCGCCCGAUCGGAUCGGGAAAAUAGGUAACUUUGUCAUACGCAGCGGAAACAUUUUAGCUUUUAUACAACCGAUAUUGAUAUUGAUUGAUAUUGAGAGAAACCUAAUCGAAUGUGAGUUACGAACACGACACACUAUAUAAGAAAGAACGGAGGUGCGUUUUUUAUGCAUUGUACGCGGCGCUCAUAACAAAUUGAAAUUACGAAACCAGAAUAUUAUUGUACGUAUGUAAUAUUGCAUAUAUGUAUGUAUCUAUUAUGAUUACAAGAUGACUGAAAGUUACUGUUUCAACAAAUGGAAAAAACGAAAAAAUGAAAAAACCAAAAAACGUAAACGUAAAAGUAAAAGUAAAACAACCAAAAAGAAGGCAAAGUUUAGCAAAAGUAAUAAUUAAUAUUAACUUAUACAUAAUGCCCUAGUUAAGCGAAACAUGGAAAAUAUACAAAAUAUAUUUUGCGUAUGUUAAAGUAAAAUACAAAAAGCCCAACCAACAUUUUAUACGAAGGAAAUGCAUACAAAAUUUACACUUCAACUAACGAUUGAAAAUCUGUUCUCGAAUCAUUUUUCCAAAUGCAAAAAAAAUGCCGCAAAACUCCAUUUCGGUUUUCGGUUUUCGAUAUAAACUGUGAAUUGGAACAGGUCACCGUAAUAAUAAAUAUUUAUGAUAACAUAUAGUUACAAGUCACACUAACUCUAUGGAUUUAUAGGCAAAUGAUAAACGCAAUAUUGAA